AUGCAUACCGGUAGCUCCCUCCUGAAGCUUGUUGGCUUCCUAGCUAGAGCCAGACUCCAGCAGAUCCAUGUUACACUGAGGACGUUUCGUCGUUGCAUUCCACCCAGUCUCUGCCCAGAACUAACUCAGACCUUACAUCAAACCCAAGAAACCAGCAACAUGGCCAGCCACAACAAUCCCCACAGCCUUCACUUGGACUUGAACAAGCCAAUCGGUCCAGAGCGCGGCGCUCUCGACGCCAUCAUUGGCAGAGGCGGAUGUAGCAACCAUGACGUUGAAACCAUCAUCUACCGAAACAGCGUCGACCCAUACAAGUUCGAGUAUUUGUGCUCCUCAAGGGAAGACAAGCUUUGGCUGGUCGACUUUGUAAUCGACAACUUCCUGGCCCAGGGUCGUCGAAUUGUCGGGAAGUGGCAGAAUCAGUACUAUGAGUUAACCCGUGAAGGAUACGAAAAGAAAGUGAAGCAACGACUAAGAGAAAGGGGACCCGAAUACCUCAUCGGGCUGCUUCGGACGCAUCUCAGUCCCAAAGAUUUUGCUGCGUAUCGAAACCCAAUCUCAGCUGCUAUUCUGCUGCCCCCAGUCCCUCCAGUUGCCGUGGAGGCGUCAUCCACCCGUGCACAGGCCAACGAAGAGAACAGCGGUGAUGAACACCAAGAGAAUGGCGCCGAUGAACCCCUGGACGAAGAGGACAACGCCGACACUGGUGCUGUGGAAGUAGUUUCAUCCCGUGUUGAAGAAAUGACCGUCGAUGUUGCUGUCCCAGCCGAAGCUCCCGAACCUGUGCCGCCUCCACCUGAUGACCUUUCCCUGGUAGGAAUCCCCGACUUGGGUCCUGGCCAUUUUGCUCCGAUUGACAUCCCCGACUUGGGACCCGACCCCUUGGACUAUACGAUGGAGCUUGACGACAAUUCAUCCCUACUCAGCGGUGGAUUUCCCUUCGAAGACGCCAUGGAUCUCAAUCUUGGUAUGGACAUCGAAGCUGUCAAGGGAGUUUCCAACUGA